AAUUAUUCAGAGUUCAGUUGUGAUAUGAUAUUCGUGCCGUGAAGGUUUUCGAGAACCAUGGAAAACUUUGGUUACAAGGAAGGGUCGGCUAAACCCAAAUACCGAAUGGGAUCAAGAUCAAUUAAAGUGAAAAGUACACAGUUUCCUUUAAAACCAAGAUUUUCUCUCACGCCUGACGUUACAGUGCAUUGGCGUAAUAAUCAUGAAGCAGUGCUUGCUGAAGAUUUUGAAUACAUGAAGAUAGGACCAUCGCCACCUGCAGAAAGUGCGCCAAAUAUGUUUGAUCAAUACGAAGAAUCAAAUGCAGAAUUUGGAUUUGAAUUCUCGUUCGAAACAAUCCGUACCUCACUGAUGGAACAAAUGCGGUUGUGCUCUGGAAGGUUGAAGUUGCUGGACAAUAUUGAACAAGGGAAUACAAUAGCUGCUAAUAUAAAAGAAAUGUUCGAAGGUGCUACACAAGCGGAGAAGAAUAUAAGUUUUAUAUUUUCAGCAUUUAUGAAACGUUGGGACCUACUUGAAGGCCUUCUAGAAUGUGGAGCAGAGCUGAUUUAUUUUGAUAGCAAUGGAUUUACCGCAUUGCAUCUUAGUUCUUUCAGCGGGUGCCUCAAUUGUACUAGUUUUUUAGUGACUAGAGAAACAGAUGUCAAUAUGCAACCGAAAUCGUUUACGCCAUUACAUUGCGCAGCAUUCGGGAAUUCGAUAGAGAUUGCUCGGUUUUUGAUAGCUAGAGGUGCUAGACUAAAUAUAAAUACUAAAAAGCCAAAUUGUGAAGAAUCGCUUCUACACUGUGCUGUUCGUGCUAAUGCUAUCGAUUGUGUGAAGCUGUUUAUUGCGGAGGGGAUGGAUGUCAAUUCAUUGAAACCGAGUGGAAUGAACUCAAUUCACCUUGCCGCGGAUUUGGGUUUCGUUCAAUGUCUGAAGGCAUUGUUGGACUUUCCAACAGCGGAUCCGAAUAUUAGAAUUGGAAUACGAGAAAAAGAAUCAACAGCUCUUCACCUUGCUGCUGACGAAGGAAACGUUGAAUGUGUUAGCUUACUUUUAGCCAAAGGAGCAAAUGCAAAAUUCAAGAACCAUCGAGGAUUUACUCCUUUACAUUUAGCAGCUCGUACUUCUAGUUUAGAGUGCGUUGAAUUACUAUUAAGGUUGGGAAACGCAGAUCCUAAUGCAGAGGAUUUUGAUUUGCGAACACCGCUCCAUACAGCGAUCGGAAAAUCAGACAGCGCGAUUGACAUUAUCGAAACGCUCAUAUGCUGGGGUUCGGAUGUGAACCGCAAGGACAUAUUUGGAUUUACACCGCUCCAUUUGGCUGCGCUUGAUGGUCUGGCACAUUGCGUGGAAAUUUUAAUCUAUCAUGACGCCGAUGUAACUACGAAGUCCAAAAAGGGCACCACUGCAUUGAAUGUAAUAACAAGGAAAACACCUGCUUCGUUGGCUAUGAUUAGAAGAAAAUUCAACGAUGCUAUCACUCUGAUUAAUUCUCAAGAUCCGUCGGAUAAAGAAGUUGUGUUAGAAUUAGACUUCCGAAGUAUUUUACAGCAUUGCUAUCCUAGGGAAAUAAGUUAUUUGAAUACUCUUGUUGAUGAAAGUCAGAAAGAAAUACUGCAACAUCCGUUGUGUUCUGCGUUUAUUUACAUAAAAUGGGGCAAGAUCCGUAAAUAUUAUAUUGCAAGAUUGUUGUUUUGUUUCAUUUUUAUUUUGUUUCUCACUCUAUAUGUGCUAACUGCUUUAGCACACAAUUGUUAUAACGGAAGCAAGGAUAUGGAAGAAACAAUUCAAGAACAAGAACUAUGCCAGAAGCAGUCAAUUCUCGGGAACAUGUUGCGUAAUAAUCCUUUUGUAAUGGAAAUGCAAUGGAUGGUGUUAGUUGCAAUAACAUUAGUUGAAAUUUGUCGGAAGCUUUAUGGUAUGACUGGAUACUCUUCCAUUCGUCGAUAUGUCACGCAAAUGGAGAAUGUAACAGAGUGGUUCAUCAUAGUUAGUGUUUUCGUGAUUUCUUAUAUAUAUACCAAGAGAACAUAUACAUGGCAGAAUCACAUAGGAGCAUUUGCAGUUUUAUUAGGAUGGACUCAUUUGAUGGUUAUGAUUGGACAGUUACCAGUAUUUGGAGCCUAUGUUGCGAUGUAUACCAAAGUACAAGUAGAGUUUGCCAAGUUGUUUAUAGCUUAUUCAUGUAUGCUAGUUGGAUUCACGAUAAGUUUUUGUGUAAUUUUUCCAUCCUCGUCAUCGUUCGAGAAUCCUUUCAUGGGCUUCAUCACAGUGCUGGUAAUGAUGGUUGGAGAAUUAGAUUUAGAAUUAUUAAUCAAUGAUCCCGAUGGGAAAGAUCCCCCGUUCAUGCUAGAGCUAAGUGCUCAAAUAACAUUUGUACUAUUUCUGCUGUUCGUCACGAUAAUUUUGAUGAAUCUUUUAGUUGGAAUUGCGGUCGAUGAUAUACAAGCACUGAAAAAAACGGCAACACUUUCGAAACUGGUCGGACAAACUAAAUUGAUAUCUUAUAUUGAAUCGGCACUUUUCAAUGGAUGGCUUCCCAACUGGUUAAGAAGUUUGUUACACUACACCGCAUUAGUUUCACCACAAGCCUAUCGUGUUAUAUUGAGUAUCAAACCAUUGAAUCCAGAAGAAAAACGGCUUCCUAGAACAAUCAUGAUGGCUGCAUAUGAUAUAGCGAAGGCAAGGAAAAAUAUAAAUGCAUCCAAUCCGGUUGGAUAUAAAUUUCGCCCACAGAAUGCCAAGGAUGCCAUAAAUAUAUCACCUAUCGGAACCCAACCAGUGGAUCGGCUGGUAGAGUUAGACUAUAGCUUUGAAACUGCUAGUUUUUGUACGCUCACAACAAAAAUGGAUGAAAGUGCUGAAAAACUAGAUGCACUGGCGAAAGAGUUGUCCGAAUUGAAAGCAGUUCUGAAAUACAAUCAAAAUUUGGUCGACAAAAUAUCAAAAAUAUUAUUAAAAUAAAUCAUGUAUAGACAUUUGUCAAUAAAAUAUUAAAAAGUAUAUUAUUGAUAUACAUACUUUUAUGAAUUUCAUAAAUAAAAUUUUCAGUUAAAUACGGUAUCGAAAGAGAUGAGUUUGUUGCUUUUGUUU